AUGGAAGAACGACCUAGUCAAAUUUUAAUCGCUACUUCUCCACCCACAUCUUACUGGGAUAUUUUAGAUAAACAAUACGGAUUAUUAAGAGUCGGUGGAAGAUUACAUCAUGCCAAGAUCGAUACAGAAGCUAAACAUCCGAUAAUCUUACCAAAGCGUUCGCCCUUAACUACUUUAAUUAUAGCAGAGGCUCAUUAUAGGACUCUUCAUGGAGGCACACAACUAACAUUAGGUUUAAUAAGAAGAUCAUAUUGGAUAUUAGGUGGAAGAGCACCAGUACGAUCCUUUAUACUUCGUUGUGUACGAUGUACACGAUAUCGAGGUACAAGAGCACAACAGCUUAUGGGCCAAUUACCAUCACCUCGUGUGAUACCAGCUAGACCUUUUCUAAAUUCCGGUGUCGAUUACGCUGGUCCUGUGUCUAUCAAAACAUGGACAGGACGAGCAGCACGUACCUAUAAAGGAUAUUUGGCUAUUUUUGUCUGUCUCGCGACAUCGGCUGUACACAUUGAAGUAGUUACGGAUUAUUCCACGGAGGCUUUCAUAGCUGCUUAUAAACGCUUUACCGGCUGA